AAUUAUUUAAAUAUAAUAACGUACCUUUCCAAUGCUAUAAAAAGUCUGUGCUUGGGUUUCUUCCAAAUCCUACAUUUUAAAUCAUGUCUAGAAGCAAAUGUUUAUCAAGUAAAAUCAAUAUUUCAAGCUGCCUGUUACUUAAAAAUGGACCGUAUUGCAAAAGAGUUGGCUAGUUUUAUGCUGAAAUACUUAAAUGUUGAUAAUUGUAUUGAGAUACGUUCUCUUCCUUGUAUAUCAACAAGUAUAUCAUUUAUCAACCAAAUUAACUCAUUUAUAUCAGCACACAUGAAAGAGAUUGCAGAAACUUCAACUUUCCUUUCAUUACCAUGCAUUCAAAUAGAAAUUUUAAGUCAAACAAAACAAGAGAUGACUUUGAGUACAGGCGAUUCUGUAUCUCAAUUAGUAUUAGAUUGGAUUAAACGUUGUUAUGAUGAGAAUGAACCAGCAACAUUCUUUAAUGGUCUWAUGGAAAAAACAUACAUGUUAUACUUGGCAUUAGAUAACAUAUUGCAGGAUUGUUCAGAACUUCCAUCUGGAGAGUUAAGCGAUACUGAAAUUGUUCAGGAUUAUAAAAAAUUAUCCAAGAAAUCAACAUCUAUUCCUAAGACUAGACGUAAAGGUCAAAUACAACCAGCUAAAUCUAGAGUUUUAAUAUGCAACCGUGAAAUGCAUGAACGGAGAGAAAGUUUUAUUGAUAGUGAUUGGACUAUACUUGGUGUUACUUGUGUUGGAGAACAUACCUUUUCUGCUUUGGCCUCAUUGAAAGGUAAAUUAUGUUCUUUGAGCAUAAAAUUAAAACUAAAUAUAUCUAUGUUAUCAAAUCCACCUUCUACUCAACCUUCACCAUUGCAAAGCCGAGCUGAGUCACAAGAAUCAUUGCCAGAUCUUUAUUGUGCUUUAGCUCUUAUGUCAUCUGGAAAAUGUGCUAUUGGUUGUGCUAAUUUUAACAACAAUUUAUUAGUAUGUGGAGGUUAUGAUCGAACUGAAUGUAUAAAAAACGUAGAGUCUUAUGAUCCUGAACAAAAUGUUUGGGAAACUAUUGAACCGAUGUGUGAGGCCCGUGGGCGAUUUAAUAUAGCAGUAUUGAAUAACAAAGUAUAUGCUGUUGGAGGUUGCAAUGGAACAACAGAACUAUCUACAGUUGAAUGUUAUKACAUAAUUAAAAAAAAGUGGAUUUCUGUGACUUCCUUACCACUGGCUCGAUCAAAUGCUGGUGUUUGUGAACUGAAUGGUAAAAUUUAUUGCAUUGGUGGAUGGAAUGGUCAAGUUGGAAUUAAACAAAGUGAUGUCUAUGAUCCAAACACAAAUAAAUGGACUAGUAUUGCUCCGUUACAAACAGGAAGAAACCAAGCAGGUGUGUGUGCAAUGAAUGGUAAAGUGUAUGUUGUGGGUGGUUGUGAUACUUGGAAUUGUUUAAAUACUGUGGAGUGUUAUGAUCCUGAGACAAAUUCAUGGUCAUUUAUUAAACCAAUUAUUACACCUAGACGUGGUUGUGGACUUGCGCAUAUCAAAGGAAAAUUAUAUGUUGUCGGUGGUUCUGAUGGAACUCAAUCUCUAGCUACUACUGAAAUGUAUGAUCCAAAUGAAAGAAUGUGGAUUCCUGGUCCAAAUAUGAUAACACCUCGUGCAAAUGUAGGAGUUGCUGUAGUUGGGAAUAGAUUGUACGCCGUUGGGGGAUUUUCUGGUAAAAAAUUCUUGAACAGUAUUGAAUUUUUGGAUGAAUCCAUGGAUGAAUGGACCAGAUUUAGUCCAAGAAAUAAUUGUUCGAAAUCAGAAUCUCCACUUCCAACAACUGAUACAGUCUGUAGUUUUAAUGAUUGUGAAGUUUUAAAUGGUAUCUCAGAGUAAAGAAAAGAAAAGAAUUUCUUUUUAUACAUACAUAUAAUUAUUUUUCAAACAUUUUGUAUUUAAAUAAUAUUUAUUUUAAUAGUGUCAUUCUCUUACAAUGUUCAUAUUGAAUUCCCUAACUGGCAAGUUUUAUAAUACCUAAAACUGCUGACCAAUCAUAUACUUUCAAUAUUUUCUAUUAAAAAAAAAGACUAUUUUCUUAAUUUUUUUAUGGAACACAUUGUGUAUAAUCUUUUGAUUACUCAGUUAAUCUAUAAAAUAUAACAUUUAAUAGUUGUUACUAGAAAUAAUUAAAGUGAAUAGGAAAUUUUUUUAUAAGUUUCUUUAAUUAAUUAAUUACAUUUUUUUCUUACUCCGUUACAAAAUAUCAAUCAAUAAUACUGUGUAUUUACAUAGGUAAUACAAUAAUAUGUAAAUUUAAAUCUGAUUAUUUUCAAUUUGUAGCUGUCAAAAACUUAUUAAAAUGUUGAUCACUGAUGGGAUUUAUGACUGGAUAUUAAUAUUAUGUGCUAGUAUGUUUAGUUAUAAGUAAUUAAUAACAUAUUUAAAAUUCCAGUUUCAACUGUGAAUUGGCUAUUUACCAAAUAAUUACUAUGUAACACUAUUUAUGGUUCGAGUACUUAGGUGACCAAUUUUUGAUGAACCUUAUUUUAAAAAUAAAACCUUUUGGAGAAUGUAAAUCCUUUUAGGUUAAAAUACAUUUUAAAAUGCUAAUGUUUUAGUUUUUGUCCUUGGUAUUUUAUAAUUUAUUGUAAUAGACUCAGAAAAUACAUUAAAUAUAUAUUAAACACAAAUAUUGUUAAUGACUAAGAAACAAAAAGAAACUUAGAUGUAUUAAUUGCUGAGAAACAUCACUUGGUUUAGUUCCUGAAUGUAUUUUAUUAUUUUACAAAUAGUUCAUUUUAAGCAAUAAUUAUAACAGAAUUUAUUAUG